AUGGAUAGUUCACCAACGGUUAGUUAUCAAAAAUGUUUUACUGCUAAUAAAAUUGAUGAUCAUAUAUGGCUUGGUGAUAUUGAUUCAUCACAAAAUCAUGAAGCACUUGAUGCUCUUAAUAUUACACAUAUAUUAACUGUUCUUGACUUUGAUCCUACAUGUUUAAACGAAGAUCGUCGUAUUCGUAAACAUGUACGUGCUUAUGAUAUGCAUACAGUUGAUUUAAUUGGUGAAUUUGAAUCAUGCUAUCAAUUUAUUGAUGAAGCUGUACGUAACAAUCAAAAUGUUCUUAUUCAUUGUCAUGCAGGUAUGUCUCGUAGUGCAACGAUUGCUUGUGCUUAUUUAAUGAAAAAAUAUAAUUUGUCUUAUGAUAUGGCACUUGAACAAUUGAGAACUAAACGUCCAUGUGUUUAUCCAAAUCCUGGAUUUGCAAAACAAUUACGUCUUUAUCAUUCUAUGAAUUAUUCUUAUAAUCCUGAACAAUCACAACGUAAACCUAUAACCUCACUGGAUCAUGUUUCAGUAGAAAAUAAUUUCGAUGAUAUUAUUCCAAUGACUAAAACUAAUGCAUAUUCAAUUGAAUAUAAAUGUAAAUUAUGUCGUCAUGUUUUAUUUACUGAUAACGAUCUUGUGGCACAUAUUAUUGGUAAAGGUCGAUUUGAUAUUCAAUCACGUAGUUCAGCAUAUAAAGCAAAACAAAAUGCUGAAUCAAAUGAUAAACACUAUUGUCAACAAGAAUUAUUUACCAUACAACCUGAAUGGUUAAUAGAUAUAUAUGAUAAAGAAACAAAUGAUGGUGACAUUGUAUGUCCAAAUACAAAAUGUCAAGCUAAACUUGGUCGAUAUUCACUUGUCGGUGAAAAAUGUACAUGUGCCAAAUGGGUUAAUCCUGCAUUUCAUUUUCAUCGAAGUAAAAUAGAUGAAUGUCCUGUUGGAAAAAAUGAUCAAAUUGAAAAACUUUUAUUGAAAAGAACUAUUCCUGUUUAG